AUGGAGUUGCGCCGGGCGCUGGUGCGCGGCGGCUGGUGCGCGGCGCUGGCCUGCGGGCUGCUGCUGCUGCUGGCCACGGGCCACCCGCAGCCCUGCCACAUCCUGGCCCGCGUGGGCCACGCGGUGCGCCUGGGCGCGCUGCUGCCCCGCGGAGGAGCCGCCGGCGCGCCCAGCCAGCGGGUGCGCAACGCCCUGGCCCGGGCCGGCCGCGCCGCCGCCGCCGCCGCGCUGCCCUACAACCUGAGCCUGGAGGUGGUGCCCGGCGCACCCCGCCACCGCGACCCGGCCUCGCUGGCGCGCUGGCUGUGCGAGGCGCUGGUGGUGCGCGGCGUGGCCGCCGUGCUCGCCUUCCCCGCCGGCCGCCGCGAACUGCUCCAGCUGGACGCCGCCGCCGCCUUCCUGGAGAUCCCGUUCGUCACCAUCAUCGAGGAGGAGGAGGAGGACGACGACGACGCGGGCGAGCCGCCCAUGCCCUUCAGGAGCCGGAACCCCUUCCACCUGCACAUGGACCGGAGCAGCGAUUUGGACUUGCUCCUGGACCUGCUGACCAAGAUCUUCCACGCCAACAAAUGGAACGACGCCACCCUGAUCGUGUGCCGUGCGUGGGACGUCCCCGGCUUCGUGGACCUGUGGACCAGCCACACUGAGCUCGAAAGGACGGUGCUGGUGGAUGUGAGCUUCCUCGACGAGCCGGAAGCCGCGCGCCACGUACGGCGCCACUUGGAGGAGUACCGGGAGCUGCCUGGUCCUGCUUUGCUUUUCGGUUGCAACGCCCGCCUCUCCCAGCUGGUCUUCCGGACCGCGAAAGAACUGGGCGUGACCCAGGAGUUUCACUGGGUGCUGGGCGAGCCCCAAAACGUGGACGAGCUGCAGACCGAGGGCCUUCCCUUGGGUCUCUUGGCCUACGGGGAGGUCAACCGGCCCUCGCUGGAGCAGUUUGUCCACGACGCGGUAGAACUGGUGGCCCGCGCCAUUUCCCAGGCCGUGCAGCUCCGCCCCGAGCUGACCCUCAUCCAGAACAUGAUCAACUGCAAUGACAAGCACGUGGUCGGAUCGGAGUCCUCGGGGCGCUACCUCUCCCAGUUUUUAGCCAACACGUCCUUCCACGGCCAGACGGGCGAGGUCUCCGUGCGCAACACGUCCCACGUCCACACUGAGCGCCGCUACAAAGUCUGGAGCCUGCUACGGGACUCGGUGGGCCAGCCCACGUGGGUGACCGUGGGCAGCUGGAGCGGGGGCGAGCUGGAGGUGGAGGAGGGCACCUGGCCGCAGCACCUCCAGCGCAAGAGCCAGGCCGAGGGCGGCGGCUUCUCCCGCACCAAGCUGCGGGUGGUGACGCUGGUGGAGCACCCCUUCGUCUUCACGCGGGAGGUGGAUGAAGAAGGGAACUGCCCGGCGGGGCAGCUGUGCCUGGACCCCCGCACCAACGACUCGUCUGUGCUGGACGCCCUCUUCGAGGAGCUCAACUCAGAGAACGGCUCGGUGCCCGCCGAGUUCCGCAGGUGCUGCUACGGCUACUGCAUCGACCUGCUGGAGAAGCUGUCCGAGGACUUGCCCUUCGACUUUGACCUCUACAUCGUGGGGGACGGGAAGUACGGGGCCUGGAAAAACGGCCGCUGGACUGGGCUGGUGGGGGACCUUCUGAGCGGCACGGCCCACAUGGCGGUGACCUCCUUCAGCAUCAACUCGGCCCGGAGCCAAGUCAUUGACUUCACCAGCCCUUUCUUCUCCACCAGCCUGGGCAUCCUGGUGCGGAUCCGGGACACGGCCUCGCCCAUCGGGGCCUUCAUGUGGCCGCUGCACUGGACCAUGUGGGUGGGCAUCUUCGUGGCCCUCCACCUGACGGCCCUCUUCCUCACCUUGUACGAGUGGAAGAGCCCCUAUGGCAUGACCCCCCACGGCCGCAACCGCAUGAAGAUCUUCUCCUACUCCUCGGCCCUCAACCUCUGCUACGCCAUCCUCUUCGGCCGCACUGUCUCCAGCAAGACGCCCAAGUGCUGGACCGGACGCUUCCUCAUGAACCUCUGGGCCAUCUUCUGCCUCCUGGUCCUCUCCAGCUACACGGCCAACCUGGCUGCCGUGAUGGUAGGCGAGAAGACCUUUGAGGAGCUCUCCGGCAUUCACGACCCCAAGCUGCAUCACCCGUCCCAAGGCUUCCGUUUCGGCACCGUCUGGGAGAGCAGCGCCGAAGAAUACAUCAAGAAAAGUUUCCCGGACAUGCACGAGUACAUGAGGCGCCACAGCGUCCCCACGACGCCCGCCGGGGUCACCAUGCUCAAGACCAAUCCUCCCAAGCUGAACGCAUUCAUCAUGGACAAGUCCUUGCUGGACUACGAGGUCUCCAUCGAUUCCGACUGCAAGCUGCUAACGGUGGGGAAACCCUUCGCUAUCGAAGGCUAUGGAAUUGGUCUCCCCCAGAACUCGCCUCUGACCUCCAACAUCUCCGAGUUCAUCAGCCGAUACAAGUCCGCCGGCUUCAUGGAUCUCCUGCAUGACAAGUGGUACAAGAUGGUGCCUUGCGGGAAACGGGUCUUUGCCGUCACUGAGACUCUGCAAAUGGGUAUUUAUCACUUCUCCGGCCUCUUCGUGCUCCUUUGCAUCGGGCUCUGUGGUUCCUUGCUCACCUCCCUCGGAGAACACAUCUUUUAUCGCCUCAUUCUGCCUCGCAUCAAACGCAAGAAGAAAUUCAACUAUUGGCUGCACACCAGUCAGAAAAUCCACCGCGCCUUGAACAUGGGUUUGGAGGAACAGAGGAUCAAGAAGCUGAAUUUGGAGAAAAGGUGCAACAUUCAAAAAAGCCAAGAAGACCCUGAACAACCCCCGAGCGAAGCAGGAUGGAACAACCUCCGUAGGGCGACCUUGAAGAAGGAAGACAAGCGGGUGCAUUUCAAUAUCGAGAACGCGCCGGACGAGCCGUCAGAAGACGAGAGAGAGGCGCCCAUCUGGCAUUGUAUGAACGGCCAGGUUGCCCAGCAGGACAGCAAGGAAGCCAAAGAGAAGGAACUGAAGGAACUGGAGAGCAAAAUUGAGGACAUGCGGGAACAGCUUCGGGCCGCCUUGGUGCGGAAGAGCGAGCUGAUGGUGGCCCUCGGACCGCCGCCCAAAGCCCCCCGGCUCCCGCCGGCCCUGAAAGCACUGAUCAAAGAGACCAACGAAGACAGGUGAUGGAGCACGGGGGCCACCCGUGGGCGCAACAGCAGGGGCCC